AUGGUUCAAGAUUGCAUGAAGUUCUCUAAAAAGUGUGAAGCAUGUCAAUUUCAUGAAAACUUCAUUCACCAACCCCCAGAACCACUACAUCCAACUGUAUUCGAAGGAUGGGGUCUUGACGUUGUUGGUCCAAUCACACCAAAGUCAUCUGGUGGUCACGCUUACAUUCUAGCUGCCACUGAUUACUUUUCUAAGUGGGCUGAAGCUAUUCCCCUUCGUGAGGUGAAAAAAGAAAAUGUCGUCGACUUCAUUCGCACCCAUAUCAUUUAUAGGUAUGGAGUACCUCAACGAAUCAUCACUGACAACGGAAAACCAUCCGUCAACAACUAG